GUGCGGAGGGGGCGGCGGCAGCGCUGUGACUCAUGCCUGCGUCGAAGCAGAUCAACCGGCGAUUCAUGCUUUUAAAAAAGCAAAUCCGACCACUUCUGGGAAAAAAGGUCAUCUCGCAUUAAAUUCCGCGGCGUGAUUGGUAUUCCGACGUCGUUUCUGGCGGAGUUUAUAAGCAGCGGGUCGUUCCCAGGUUGGAGUCGCCCUGCCUGCCUGGACUCCGGCGGUUAAGUGUCCGCUAGCCCCCUCGCAAAUUCCUUGUUGCCCACCCUUCAGAGGAAUACCAGAGGAAACCCGGAGUCCGGGAACUAGGGCUUUUCUGAAAGGAUGGCUUCCUCCGCUCCUUCAUCCUCCAACGACGCUCCGGACCCCACCCCACCCAAUUUACGACCCACAACGUACGACUCGUGGUGCGGCGUGGCUCACGGAUGCACCAGGAAGAUCGGGCUGAAGAUAUGCGGGUUCCUGCAAAGGACCAACAGCCUGGAAGACAAGGGCCGGAUUGUCAGCUCCCUGAAAGAAAGGCAGUCCUCCAAGAGCCUGCUGGCGUGCGAGAACAGCGAGAAGGAAUCCAGGUUCCGGCGCACCGAGACAGACUUCUCCAAUUUGUAUGCCAGAGAUUUGCUGCCGGCCAAGAAUGGCGAGGAACAGACCAUGCAGUUCCUACUGGAGGUCGUGGACAUCCUCCUCAAUUACGUGAGGAAGACGUUUGACAGAUCCACCAAAGUGCUGGACUUCCACCACCCCCACCAGCUCCUGGAGGGCAUGGAGGGCUUCAACCUGGAGCUCUCGGACAACCCUGAGUCCCUGGAGCAGAUCCUGGUGGACUGCCGGGACACGCUGAAAUAUGGAGUGAGGACAGGUCACCCACGCUUUUUCAAUCAGCUGUCCACGGGACUGGACAUCAUUGGAUUGGCUGGGGAGUGGCUGACAUCAACUGCUAACACAAACAUGUUUACUUAUGAAAUUGCCCCUGUUUUUGUUCUCAUGGAACAAAUAACACUUCGAAAGAUGAGAGAGAUUAUUGGAUGGUCAAAUAAGGAUGGGGAUGGAAUAUUCUCACCUGGAGGAGCUAUCUCCAACAUGUACAGCAUAAUGGCUGCACGAUACAAGUAUUUCCCUGAAGUCAAAACCAAAGGCAUGGCUGCAGUCCCUAAACUAGUUCUCUUUACCUCGGAACAUAGUCACUACUCAAUAAAGAAGGCUGGAGCAGCACUUGGAUUUGGAACAGACAAUGUGAUCUUGAUAAAAUGCAAUGAAAGAGGCAAAAUAAUACCGGCUGAUUUGGAGGCAAAAAUUUUGGAAGCAAAACAAAAGGGAUACAUUCCUCUCUUUGUAAAUGCAACUGCAGGCACAACAGUGUAUGGAGCUUUUGAUCCAAUACAGGAGAUUGCAGAUAUAUGUGAAAAAUACAACCUCUGGCUCCAUGUAGAUGCUGCCUGGGGAGGUGGACUCCUAAUGUCCCGAAAGCAUCGUCAUAAAUUGAACGGAAUAGAAAGAGCCAACUCAGUCACUUGGAAUCCACACAAAAUGAUGGGGGUGUUGUUACAAUGUUCUGCCAUUCUUGUCCGGGAGAAGGGUAUACUUCAAGGCUGCAAUCAAAUGUGUGCAGGGUAUCUCUUCCAGCAAGACAAACAGUAUGAUGUAUCCUAUGACACUGGAGAUAAGGCAAUACAGUGUGGUAGGCAUGUGGACAUCUUCAAAUUCUGGUUGAUGUGGAAGGCAAAGGGUACAGUAGGAUUUGAAAAUCAGAUCAACAAAUGCCUGGAGCUGGCAGAAUAUCUCUAUACUAAAAUCAAAAACAGAGAAGAGUUUGAGAUGGUUUUUGAAGGGGAGCCAGAGCAUACAAAUGUAUGUUUUUGGUAUAUUCCGCCAAGUCUCAGGGGUAUGCCAGACUGUGAUGAGAGGAGACAAAAGUUACACAAGGUGGCACCCAAAAUCAAAGCACUGAUGAUGGAGUCAGGUACUACCAUGGUUGGAUAUCAGCCUCAGGGUGAUAAAGUCAACUUCUUCCGAAUGGUCAUCUCAAACCCAGCAGCAACUAAGUCUGAUAUUGACUUCCUUAUUGAGGAAAUAGAGAGAUUGGGGCAGGAACUGUAGUACAGUGGUUGAAUUAUUUAUUUCUCUAAUUCACUGUUUUCCAGCACUGGCUAUUUUUUUUACCCAGUUCUGCAGCACAUGUUUUAAGGAAAUUCUCUUUCUGUAAGUUCCAAUCUCCUAAGACAUCCUUAAACAAAACAACUAUAGGCUACUGAAACAUAAAUGCAUUGGUGGAUCAUAUUACUGAGGGAAAAUGUAUUAUCUUGAAGUUGAAGUACUAUUGCCUCUUACAUUGGUCUUGUUUAUUGUAGUCAGCAGGAAAUUAAUAAGUACUAAAACAGCAAAUUAAGAACUCUGCACAGUAUAUAUGUACAGUAUAAAUAAAUAAAUAUAUAAUUAUAUAUAUAUACAUGCAUAUAUAUAUAUAUGAAGUGGUUAUAAACUUAGAACUAACCCACAGCAUGUUUUCCACUUUAAGAGAAUUAACUUUUCCUUCAAGAACUAAAGAUGUGGAUAAUGUGCUACAGAUUUUUCUGCCAGGUAAAAAUACACAUAUAUAAACAUUUCUAAAUUGUAGAUUCUUAGGAGCUAAAGAAGAUAGAUAACAGUAUAAAAUCUUAUUGUUGGUGCUUCUCUCAUGUGCAAAAUGGCAAUAUCUGACAGCACCUUCGAGUAAAAUAGUUUUAUUUCCCCUUCAGUGUCACAUCGGGGAUUAAAGUAGCAGAGUCAUUGUAACAGGUAUUAUUGCUGUAUUUUUAGAGGUUAAUUCGUGUAGAUUGUGUAUAUUAUUGUUAAAUGACUUUGUGUAAAAGGAUUUAAAUGUAAUAGUUUUACAGCAAGAUAACUGUUGAAUUGUAGGUAUAUGAAAUAUUUGUUUAUUUAUAUGCAGAGAUUUACCAUGCUGAAGAGUUGUCUUGUAUUUUCUUCCGUUUGUAAUGUAUCCUAUUUAUAUAUUAUUGAAGUUCUAAAUAAUGUUUAUGGUAUUUUAGUGUCUUUGUGAGCCAAAGAAAAAAAAAACACAAAAAUAUUAGUUGACACUUUCAUUUAAAUCCUAGUGCCCUUAAAAUAAUAAUGUAAAGAUAAUUUUACUUAAUAUAAGGAAUUAUAACAUUGUGUAUAGGCUGUCAAAUUAUGAGAUCCCUUUAAUCUAUUAGAAUUUUGAGUUUUAUUUAUUGUAAUGUCCAGCUGUCUGUUCAGUGUUCUGAAUGCUUUUCUAGUGAGUAUUUGUUGCUAACCAAGGCCCCUAUUUUUGAGCUAUAUUUAAAGACUAAUCUCUAGGACCAAUUUAACUAAAUUCUGUGGAAGAUUCCUGAAGGUCUAUAGUAUUUCUGUUGGAGUUUUAACCAGCAUCAUUCUUUUAGUGAAAUGGAAUUUACCUUGUGUUUGGAGCUUGUAAAAUAAAUAAAAACAAAAGUAAUGUCAGAAUCUUUAAAUACUGCUGGCUUGUCACAACACUUUAAACUGGCUAGGAUUUUCCAAGUAUAGACACCAGAGUCAUCCACAGCUUGUUCAGUUCUAGUGAUUAGAUAAUAUUACUGAGUGGAAAACUCCAUAGUGGAAGCAGAGUAGUGGAACAAAAUGAAGAUUCAAUAUUCCUCUGUCUACUGAGUUACUGUCAUGGUGAUAAAUGGAAUAUGCUAAUUUCAAAUAUUUUCACACAUGAUUUCAUAAAUGAUAGUUAUCUUCUAUCCAAGUCAGUAAUUAAUUGUUUUUUCCUUUUGUUUGUUUGUUUUGUUUUUUUCCCCUCAAAUCUAUAAUAAGAUUAAGUUAUUUUAGAAACAUUCCUUGAAAUGAAGCCACGCUAUGCAGUUUUCACAGCCUCUCUGGCCCCUUCAAUCCUGUGGAAGGACAACUACAGCCAGGAGAGAUUUCCAUCCUGCAGGUCCCACUUGUCUUCUGAGGAUACUGUCUCACAUCUUUGCCUGGGCCAGCGCAGGGAGAAAGAAGGAACUGUCAUGGUAAAUACCGUAUCAUAUAGCACAGCCUUCCUGGCUUGUCACUGGACUAUUGCUUAUCCCUAUUCUGCAACCUUCUGUAAAACACUUUCUUGAAAUUAUUUUAAUUUAAUCUAAAAAUCAGUAUCAAUUUAUCACUGUCUUUUAAAUUUAUGUGUGAGUUUCCAAAGAUUAUCUGCAUAAUUACUUUUAUGACAUGAAACCCCCCAGUAAUGUCAACACUACAGUAUGUUUUUCAUUAGGUUAUUUUCCUAAAGACAGUGUAGUUAUCUUCAUGUCUUCUUGAUCUUAAACUUCAGCCUUCCUUAAUUGUAACCCUGGUAUCUUACCAUGUCUUCAAUGCUUAACAUUUCUUGAUGUAAACAUUCAUGCUGUAUGAUCUGAGGCCUGCAAUACUGAAGUAGUCAGUGUGAACAUGGACUUCAGUAUCAACUUCCAUAGUAUUUAAUGCCAUUCUCUACAGAUAUCAGCUAUUCAUCAAAACUAGAGGGCCUCCCAUUGAGAGCUCUUUUUAGAAUAGAGAAAGACGUUUGUUUUGAAGUACAUGCCACAUUUUCAUUCACAGGCUUCUGCCUGAAAUCUGAUCUCUGUCACAGUUUUGCUUUGUUCAAAGGAAAGCUACAGAAGAUUGAAGUAUUUCCCUCAGUCCUUCUUGUUUAUGAGAAACAGUAUGGACUAGUAUGAUCAAUACAAAGAUGUAUAACUGCUGACCUAGCUUCACUCGGGGAUUUUACAUCUUCCACACAGGCAGCACUAUGGUCCUUGUGAUGUCUUCAGCCACUUCUUAAGUGGGAAUUUCUGACUUACUCCACCUCCCUAGUCCAGGUAUUUCAGCAACAGCAUUACUGAAGAUCCCAAUUUAUCCUUAAUCUUCUAACCUUAGUAUUUUAAGCUCAUGGACCUUGUAUCCAGAUAAUAAUCUCAAUAUUCUAAUAAUAAUAAUAAUAUUUUAAAUGUCAUAUCUCCUAGAAGUGUAUAAAGUAGGUCAAGAUAGCAAUUCUGAUGUACCUGAUUAUGAAACUAUAAGGCCACAAUAUGGCUUACUGGCAUUCAUACAGCAAACCUUGGACAGUUCUGUCAUGUAGUCAGAAACAGAUCUAGAUCACUUCAGUACAUAUACAAUAUUCGCUCACUAAUAUUUCUGCUUGUUCAUUUAACAGAGUUUCUUGUGUUUUGGAGGUCAAAAGCAUCAGAGGGUCUACCUACUGCCAUUGAUGGUUUGCAGAUAGCUGGGAAUAAUGGAGCUCUUCCUGCAUGUUUCAGAAGUGAGACAAUUAUGACAGAGGUGUUAAAAGACAGGAGGGUUAAAUUUAUCUUUCUGCCUUCUGCAUUUUAUCUUGCCUUUCUACAUCAUCGUGUCUUGACGUAGAUGAUACCCGCAGUUAGAUUUUUGCAAAGCUUUUAAUUCCAGUGCCAGCCUCUGGCAUGUUGGCCUGUCACAUGUACCUGCUUCCACAGGCACAUGGCUCAUUUUAACUUCCAUCUUGCUUAGCUGAUUUUAACAGAGCAGUGACAGUGAGUAAACUCAUCUGCAUUUUCUUCUCAGUAGGUAAUUUUCACCUGAGUAAUAUAUUACAGCCUCUCAGACAAAAGCUUACCUGGAAUUUUCCUGCUUUUAAAUCCAUACACUAUUGACUGUGAGAGAUCAGGAAAUAUACAGAAGGGUCGGUUAAUUCAAAGCAUUGCAAUUCCAGGUGAGUAACUUUGUUUUUCUGAGUUUUUAAGUAUACUCUAUGGUAGCAAUUUUGCCUUCAAAAUCACACAGGCAAUCACUGCAAUUUUGUGUGGGUGUAUUUGGAUCAACUGAACAAUAGGCAAGAUCUUAGCUGAACAGGUAGCUGCAGUGCUUACGAAUUGGUGUAAUUUAUUUGGAAAAGACUUGAACAUUGGAUAAAAAUCCACAGCAGCUGUUGAUUCUGAAUGAGAAAAAAUCUGAUUGUAUUAUUAAAGGUACUUUUAAGAGAAGAUAGAUUAUACCAUUCAUGACAGACGGAACCAGGGGCCUUGGGAAUAACCCAGAAUUUUAAAGUCAUCAUCGACUUAGUUCAUAAUCUGGGUUUUGAAUGGUGACAAACAUGAAGAGACUUUUUAAACAGAAUCUCUGUUUUGUGGUUUAAGAAAUGUCGAAGUUAUAAAGAAGAUACACAAUGCAGUUUUAAUUCUUCAAUAAAAAUUGAUCUUAAAACUGUCUGAUUAGUCUCAUAUAAUUUUUGUGAACUCUUUUGUUUCCUUAAGAAUAUGAGACAAAAGCUGUACAACAUUAUCCCUCACCUUAGUUUUAUUUGUGAAUUGAAUGUGAGCUUCUACCAUAACAGACUGAGGAAGAACCCCAAGUUCUGAACCAUCAUCAGUUUGAAUAGAGUUGUUGAGACAUUAGUACUGUGUAGAAAUGCUGAAAAAUAGAGAAUCUGAAAACCUUU